AUGGCCCUUCUUCAGAACAAUAAGGAUCUCAUUUCCACAGGAAUGAGGGAAUUUAGCAUUCUGCUGGAUCAGCAGGUCAUGGCUGCUGAUAACCCUAUCUCUGAAGAAGCCAUGGUGACUGUGGUGGACGACUGGGUGAACUUCUACAUCAACUAUUACAGGCAGAAGGUGACCGGGGAGCAGCAAGAGCAGGAGAGGGCUCUGCAGGAACUUCGGCAAGAGCUGAAUACUCUGGCCACCCCUUUCCUGGACAAAUACAGGGCCUUCCUGAAGUCCUUGUGA